UCUCUCCAAAGGAAACUUAAUUAGUCUCUGACCCCUGCUUGAUGCUGAGCUAUGUUUUUGGUUUACAUUUCUCCCCCAGUAGUGUAAAAUGACCGGCUGGUUCUUCCCUUUCUCAACAUGGUUGGAGCCUGGUGACCACACUGCUCUUUGCCUGGGCUGACUGUGUGCUGCUGGCAGGUUGCAUGAAGAUCUAAAGAUGGCAAAAACUGACAAUGGCAUACGCAUCUGUCAGGGUCUAUUAAUCCUGGGGAAUGUGGUCAUUGGGAUGUGCGGUAUUGCCCUGACAGCAGAAUGCAUCUUCUUUGUGUCAGAUCCCCAUGGCCUCUACCCUCUGCUGGAAGCCACAGAAAAUGAUGACAUCUAUGCUGCGGCCUGGAUCGGUAUCUUUGUUGGCUUUGCACUCCUCGCUCUGUCUAUCCUCGGCAUCAUUGGAGUCAUAAAAUCCAACAAGACUUUGCUACUGGUGUAUAUUAUUUUGAUGCUGAUCACUUAUGCAUUUGAAAUGGCUUCUUGCAUCACGGCAGCAACUCACCGAGACUUUCUUACUCCAAACCUCUUCCUGAAGCAAAUGCUGGAGAGGUAUCUGAAAUCAGAUGCAGACAAUAACAAUGACAAAUGGAUGACCGAAGGGGUCACACAGACAUGGGAUAAUCUCAUGCUUCAGAACCAGUGCUGCGGGGUGAAUGGGCCCUCGGACUGGCAGGACUACACAUCUGCUUUUCGCGUGACGCACAACGACGCCGACUAUCCUUGGCCACACAACUGCUGUGUCAUGGACAACCGAGGUGAACCCAUCAAUCUUGAUGGCUGCAAGCUUGGGGUCCCCGGCUUCUAUAACAGCAACGGUUGUUACGAUGCUAUUUCUGGGCCACUGAACAGGCAAGCCUGGGGUGUUGCCUGGUUUGGUUUUGCCAUCCUCUGCUGGACUUUCUGCGUCCUCCUCGGAACCAUGUUCUACUGGAGCAGAAUUGCAUACUGAAGGCUCAACAUCCUCAGCCUUACCAUGAAGCAUUCUUUGAAACUGCAUUCACUCAUCUCCUGCUCCAUUCACCUUGUGCCACUGGGGACCUGAAGCUUUCCCUCCAUCUCUCCCAUAUUGCUUUAGCCCCUCAGAAAACAUGACACACUAAUGUCACACACUUCUUGUCCCUUCUUCUGCUGUCUAAAUGUCUCCUGGCUGAGGUAAAACCUUUAUUUUGCUGUGUGAGAAAUCCUUGGAGCUAAGACACAAUCUGAUUUGUUCUGUGAUAGCAUCACAGAGGAAAAUGUCCAUCUAUAGUUGCUCCAGAAAAGUCCCUCUCUAAAACUAGGCUGAAAGUAAAUCACAAUGCUAUAGGUUCUGGCAAGAACUGCCUGAAUAAAGCUGUAACCUCCUGUGACCAAUAAAGGCGGGUGCAGCAAGGGAGAAGAC